AUGUCGCCAAAAAUUGCCCUCGCGGGAGCCAGCGGAAACCUAGGCCCCGCUGUUCUCGAACAACUUCUCAAUGCGGGUUUCGAAGUAACCGUUCUGACCCGAGAGAACAAAGACAACAAAUUCGACACCCGCGCCAAAGUCGCUCAAGUGGACUACAACUCCUUGGAGUCGUUGACUUCCGCCCUGACUGGUCAGGAUGUGGUCGUGAACACGCUUGGUGCAGGAACGAUUCCUCGUGAAAUCCAUCUUCGACUAGUCGAUGCCGCGGUUGCCGCCAAGGUCCAGCGAUUCAUUCCUUCCGAAUUCGGCUCUGAUACCGCGAACCCCAAAGCUGCCAAGGUCCCUGUGUUCGGAGACAAAGUCGCAGUCCAGCAACAUCUCAAAGAAGCUUCCGAGAAAUCAGGUGGCACUUUCACCUACACGCUGUUUAUCAAUGGUCCCUUCCUUGAUUGGGGCCUAAAGGUUGGCUUCUUGUUGAAGCUCGCAGGGCCAGAGGCGGAGCUGUAUGAUGGUGGAGACCGGAAGAUCAGCGCCACGACUCUUGCGGGCAUCGGUAAGGGAAUCGCUGGUGUUGUUCGAAACUUGGAUGCUACCAAGAACCGUACGGUCUAUGUUCGUGAGGCCGAGAUAACCCAGAAUGAGUUGCUUCGGUUAUCGAAGAAGGAAUUGCCUACAAAGGUCGUGACUACCGAUCAACUCGAAGCAGAUGCUUUUGCGGAACUGCAGAAGCCCAGUCCCAACCUUGGUGUCUUUGCCAUUAACCUGAUCAAACGGACUAUCUUCGGUGAAGGAUAUGGCUCUCUGUUUCCUGCGGAAAAUGUGUAUAAUGAUCUGCUGGGGGUCGGUGUGCUGAGUGAAAAGGAGGUCGAGGAUAUUGUUUUGCAACAUAGUUAG